UUUCCAUUUUUCCUAUAAACCCUUCUCCAGUCUUCCAAACCCACACACAGACAUAUAUUACACACUCUUGCUAUUUUCUCGCGUAAUCUAUAAGCUUGCAUGCACUAAUCCGUUUCAAAAUUCUCACUCUCGAUCGUCUCGCUCAUCAUGGCGGACACCGAGAGCCUCCUCUUCACGAACCUCGCCGAUGCUCUCUUCGUCGGCUCCAAGCCCCUCUCGCCCACCGAUCUUCUCCAGAAGCUUCGGUCCGAGGACUCCAUCAGACCGGCGCUCGAGAAGUUCUACUUGAUCCUUAAACGCGGCGUCGAGGCCGCCCGGUCGGGGCUCCAAUUGUGGAACGAGUCGCAGAUUCAAGCUGCUUGUGCGAUUGCGUCUGCGAUCGCCUCCGCUUCUCGAUCUUUGUCACUGGAGCAAGCUGAAGCAUUAAUAGUUGCGGUCGUUCAACAGUCACUGGAGUUCGCUAUAUCUUAUUUGGAAAAAUCAGAAUUCAAUGGCGAUGAUUCAAGUAUACAGAAUAAAUUGGUACAACUUUUGGAGAUAGUGUUGGUCGAUGGAAUGGAUAAAGUAUCCGACUUAUUGCAGCCUUCUUCUGUAAAUAGCCUGAUAGACUUGUUGCCGAUGGUUGCCGAUUACUGUGUUGAUAUUGAUUUGGAUAAUCAUAGUAAAUGCAGUCUUCAAGGGAUCAGUUGCUCUGUGGGAGGGAAACCAUUGGAUCAGCUUCAUAUGACAUUAGCUUCUGAGUGCAUACAACCUGAUAGGCAAACCUCUGGCUCCAACGCCCAUGCUUUCCACCAAGAUUUGAAUAAGUUGAUUUUUCUAUCCCAGCAUUGGGCUGUUGCUCAUGUGGGAUGCAUCCCACGUCUGAUUUUGCUCUGCAAAGAACUGAUUGCAAUACCAGAUAUGUUUGAUGAGAAGAUGGUAGGUACAGAUUUCAGUAAGAGACUCUCAUUCAGUUUGAGGAUCUUAAAGUUACUUGGAAGUCUUACUAAGGACAUUCCUUAUGUGGAAUAUGAUGCUCAAUUAAUGCAAGUGGUUGCUUCCUUUGCUGAUGUAUUGCCUAGUUUGUUUAGACCUGGAUUUGAAUUUGUAAAUAGCCAUGCGGCUGUUGAGGGUAGUUUUGAGAGCUUGAUUCUGUUGCUAUUGGAAGAGUUUCUUCAGCUUGUCCAGGUUAUUUUUUGCAACAGGAGCAUUUAUCAGAAUAUUCAAGCAUGUAUAGUAGCUUCUAUGUUGGACAAUUUGGAUUCUUCUGUAUGGAGAUACAGCAAGUCUGCUGCUAACCUGAAGCCCCCCCUAGCUUUCUUCCCCUGCAGCGCUCUUUACAUAUUAAAACUCAUUCAUGAUCUCAAGAGACAAACACAUAAGGCUCUCAAUUGGGAGGAGUUUGAGAAAGGAAUUAGUGGCAGUUCUGAUCUGCCGAUUGAUUCCCCUUAUUGUCAUGUUCAUUUCGAGAAGGUUCCUUUACUUAAGAGGUGCACAGUUGAAGAGCUAUUUAAAAUGAUACUCCCCUCAUCAAAUCAGUGGGUGGACAAUCUAAUGCAUCUUAUUUUUUUCCUUCAUUCUGAAGGAGUAAAAUUAAAGCCUAAAGUGGAGAGAUCAUCUUCCAGUUGUGCGAAAACUAGUUCCACAUCUGAACUGGAAAAUUCAGUUUGCAAUGAGGAUGAAGCCCUUUUUGGUAACCUUUUUUCUGAGAGUGGUCGCUCUGUCGGAUCUACAGAUGGAUAUGAUCAACCACCUGUUGCUAUCAGUUCUAGUUCCAGUCAUAGCAACAUGCCAAUUCAAGCUGCUACAGAAAUGUUGAGCUUUCUUGAAUCAAACAUCUUCUCUCCUGAAUGGCUUCCCUCUGUUUAUGAGGAUGGCUGCAAACAGAUCAGCAGGGACCAUAUUGAUAUCUUGCUUUCCUUGCUUAAUUGUCAGGGCUGCUGCACUGAGGACAGGAUUUCUGAUAGCAGUGGCAGUUUACAUGAAGAGAAGAAAAAUGGGAGUAUCCAUGAACUUUGUUUUGAACUGUUACACAACCUUCUCACACGCCACGCUUUGUCUGAUUCCCUUGAAGAGUACCUUGUUGAGAAAAUUCUGAAUGUUGGAAAUGAUAUCUUUGUUUACAAUGAUCAGACCCUGACCUUGCUAGCUCACACUCUUUUCUGUAGGGUGGGUUUGGCUGGUAGCCUGUUCAGAAACCAGAUAUACAGAGGGUUUGUUGGUUUUGUUGUUGAGAAGGCAAAAGCUAUUUGUUUUAAAUGUCCUAGCCUCAAGGAGCUUCUUGGGACCCUUCCCUCAGUUUUUCAUAUUGAGAUUCUUCUGAUGGCAUUCCACUUAUCUUCAGAAGGAGAAAAGGCAACACUGGUAAACUUAAUAUAUUCUUCCCUUAGAGCAAUUGAUGUUCCAACUUCAGGGUUUAACAGCACACAGUUGUCAUGCUGGGCUUUAAUAGUUUCAAGGUUGAUUCUAGUGCUUCGUCAUAUGAUAUUUUAUCCACAUACUUGUCCUUCAUCAUUGCUUCUGGAUUUGCGAUCCAAACUGAGGGAAGCCCCCCAUUCUGUAUCACGUCUUCCUAGUAACAUGAACGAUCAUAUAUCAUCUUGGGCGUCAGUUGCAGUAAAUAAUUUGGCUGGUGCAUGUGUUGAAGAGCCUCUAGUCAGUAGCUUGAUCAAUCAACUGAUUGAUAUUUCAGCCCCUCCUACUUCACUAUACCGCAAUGAUCAGGCUAUUGAUGGCUUAUGCUUGAAAUGGAAUGAUAUUUUUGCUACCCUCUCAAGGAUUCUGGGCUUCUGGAAAGGUAAAAAGGCUGCAGCAAUUGAAGAUCUCAUUGUUGAAAGAUAUGUCUUUGCGCUUUGUUGGGAUUACCCUACCAUGGGCACUGCAUCAGACAAUCUGCUUACAUUGUGGACUGGCCCCCAGGAUCUGGACUUAUCUGAUGUGGCGCAGUUUUUCUUCUUCACUCACUCAUUCUUAGGGCAGUGUGGUGAUUUUGGUCAGGGCACCAACUUCCCUGGACUAGUAGUUGGCCUGCUGCAGCAAUUGUUUGCUGUGCACAUAGCAGAAGAAAUCGAAGAACUAGGUUGGGUUUUCUUUAGAUAUGGAUCAUGGCUGUCCCUGUUGCUCUCCAUACUUAAUGUUGGCAUCUUGAGAUAUUGCAUGAAAAAUACAAUUCCUGGUGCAAGUCCAAUAGGGACAGAAAACAUAUCUAGGGACAAUGAGUAUAUAACUGUUGCUGAAGGCCUAAUUUGCUCCAUUGUCGAAGCUGGUCAAGUUGAAAUGCUGAUCAGGCUGCUGACUUCCAUGUUGCACAGAUUUUUGCAGACCCAUCAGAAAGCUUUCUUAGCUACACUUGAUAAUGGCCUGAACAGUGCUAAUAUGUUCUCACCUCUAUUGCUUCUCAAGCAUUCUGGAUUUGACAAAUGUGUUCAGGAUGAACUCCUUGAAAAGGGUUGGACCAAUUCUUCGCAGCUGGUGUCUGUUCUUGAUCUCUUAUUGAAGUUGGAUGCUACCGUUGAUAAAAGAGCUAUAGGAAAUUUAUCCAGGGCCUAUUGGGAAUCUAUGUUGCACGGUUUUCCCUUUAAUAUACAAAGUCCCAGUGGAAUCCUUCUUUCUUGCGUUCUUAGCAUAAGAGGGAUCAUUUACGUGCUAGAUGGGCUGAUCAGAAUAAAAGAUGCAAGAGGAAAUAUCCUCCUGGAGACUGAGCUACUUGGCCAGAUUCUUGAUACAGUAAUGACUGUCAAGUUUGAUAGGAUCUUUGAAAGCAUUCAUGGGAAAUGUGAAGCUAUUUAUCGCAGCUUAAAUGUGGGCUUGGAAGGGUCAGAUAUUUCUAACUUAUUUCUAAUGAAGCACAUGGAAGGUUUUCUAAGGGACAUCAAUGCCAGAGGAGUAGGUGAUAGCAGUAUCCAUGAAUUGAUAACUACCAAGGCUAUUGAUACCAUAGAUAGCCUCAGGAAAGACCCUUCAAAGUCUGUCAUUUUCCAAUUUUAUCUUGGUGCAGAUGUGUCAGAACAGUUGAAGGAUUUUUGUGGGUUGCAAAGCGGUGAUUUGUUGGUUUUGGUUGACUCACUGGAUGACUGUUGCUCUGAAUCAGUUAAUGUAAAGGCUCUUUCUUUCUUUGUUGAUCUCUUAUCAGGAGAGUUGUGUCCUGGUCUUAAACAAAAGAUACAAAAUAAGUUCCUUGGCAUGGAUUUACUUUGGUUGUCUAAAUGGUUGGAGAAAAGGCUUUUAGGUUGCAUUGUUGAGCCUUCUGCUGGGGCCAACUGUGCGAAAGGAAGUUCUGUUUCUCUCAGAGAAUCAACCAUGAAUUUUAUCUUGUGUCUUGUAUCCUCACCUACUGUGUUGCAAUCGAGAGAACUGCAAAGUCAUAUUUUUGAAGCUUUGCUGGUUUCACUUGAUACUGCAUUUUUGCAAUUUGAUAUUCAUGUAGCGAAGUCCUACUUUCAUCUUGUUGUGCAACUUUCAAGAGGAGAGGAGUUGAUGAAAUUGCUUUUAGAAAGGGCAGUAAUGCUGAUGGAGAAGCUGGCUGGUGAUGAAAGUUUGCUUCCAGGGCUGAAGUUUCUGUUUGGUUUUCUUGGAAUUGUCUUGAUGGAUUGUGGAUCUGGUAAGAAUACCCCAGAAAGAUCUACUGGAAAGUCAUUGUCUAGCAAUACUCUUGGGAUGGGAUCUGUGGCUUCUAGGCUGGUAGGAUCAAGGAAGAAUUCUGAGACACUUGUUCUUUCUGCUGAUCAAGAAGGGGGAUCCACAUCUCUUGAAUGUGAUGCAACCUCUGUGGAUGAAGAUGAGGAUGAUGGAACCUCUGAUGGUGAGGUGGCUAGCAUAGACAAGGAUGACGAAGAGGAUAGUAACAGUGAAAGGGCUCUUGCUUCUAAAGUAUGCACAUUUACAUCCAGUGGCAGCAAUUUCAUGGAGCAGCAUUGGUACUUUUGUUAUACAUGUGAUCUGACUGUAUCAAAAGGUUGCUGCUCUGUCUGUGCAAAAGUUUGCCAUCGUGGUCAUCGUGUUGUUUAUUCUCGCUCAAGUAGGUUCUUUUGUGAUUGUGGAGCUGGGGGUGUUAGGGGUAGUAGCUGUCAGUGCUUGAAGCCUCGCAAAUUCACUGGAACUAGUACUACUCCUGCUCGUGGUUCUGGUAAUUUUCAAUCCUUCUUACCCUUUACCGAGGAUGGAGAUCAGCUGCCGGACAGUGAUUCAGAUUUUGAAGAAGAUGUUAAUACAGAUGUUGAUAACUCCCUCGGGCCAUCUAUUCCAAGAGAGCUUCAAGAUAGGAUUCCACAGCUACUGGAGGAGCUUGAGAUAGAGGGUCGGGUGCUUGACCUUUGCUCCUCAUCGUUGCCUUCAAUAAUUAGCCGAAGAGACUCUAACCUUUCAAAAGACAAGAAAAUCAAUUUGGGUGAGGAUAAGGUGCUUUCUUAUGGUGUUGAUAUCUUGCAAUUGAAGAAGGCAUACAAAAGUGGGUCAUUGGACUUAAAAAUAAAGGCAGAUUAUUCAAAUUCCAAGGAACUUAAAUCACAUUUAGCAAGUGGUUCUCUUGUCAAAUCCUUGCUCAGUGUCAGUAUUCGUGGUCGACUUGCUGUUGGAGAAGGUGACAAAGUUGCUAUCUUUGAUGUUGGGCAGUUAAUUGGACAAGCUACCAUUGCACCUGUGACAGCAGACAAGACAAAUGUUAAGCCCCUCUCUAGGAAUGCUGUUCGCUUCGAAAUUGUCCAUCUUGCUUUCAAUUCAGUCAUAGAGAACUAUCUUUCUGUAGCUGGUUAUGAAGAUUGCCAGGUCCUCACUUUGAACCCUCGUGGCGAAGUGACUGACCGUCUUGCCAUUGAACUAGCACUGCAAGGUGCAUAUAUCAGGCGGGUAGAUUGGGUUCCAGGUUCUCAGGUGCAGUUGAUGGUGGUUACCAACAGGUUUGUGAAAAUAUAUGAUCUGUCACAGGACAACAUCAGUCCCAUGCACUACUUCACAUUGCAAGAUGACAUUAUUGUGGAUGCUACCCUUUAUUUGGCUUCCCAGGGGAGGAUGUUUCUUAUUGUUCUUUCAGAAUGUGGCAGCUUAUUUUGGCUAGAGUUGUCAGUGGAAGUUAAUGUUGGAGCCACGCCUCUCAAGGAAGUUAUUCGUGUUCAGGAUAAAGAAAUUCAUGCUAAAGGCUCCUCUUUGUACUUUUCAUCAAUGUAUAAAUUACUUUUCAUAUCCUAUCAAGAUGGCACAACCUUGAUAGGUCGGCUGAGUACCAAUGCAACAUCUCUAACUGAGAUAUCUUCAGUAUAUGAGGAGCAAGAUGGUGAGCUGCGUCCUGCUGGACUUCAUAGGUGGAAGGAGUUGCUGGCUGGCAGUGGAUUAUUUGUUUGCUUCUCUAGUUUGAAAUCAAAUUCUGCACUGGCUGUAUCCAUGGGAGCUCAUGAAUUAAUUGCACAAAACCUGCGCCAUGCAGUGAGCUCAACCUCACCCAUAGUUGGGGUAACUGCUUACAAGCCUUUAUCCAAAGACAAAAUCCAUUGUCUUGUUCUACAUGACGAUGGCAGCCUUCAAAUCUACUCACAUGUCCCUGUUGGAGUUGAUGCUGGUGCAAAUGCGGCAUCGGAGAAAGUUAAAAAAUUGGGUUCUGGUAUCCUCAACAAUAAAGCUUAUUCUGGUGUAAAUCCUGAAUUCCCACUUGAUUUUUUUGAGAAAACAGUGUGCAUUACAGCAGAUGUGAAAUUAGGUGGUGAUGCCAUCAGAAAUGGUGAUUCUGAAGCAGCAAAGCAGAGCUUGGCAUCUGAGGACGGCUUUCUAGAAAGCCCCAUCCCUUCAGGAUUUAAGAUAUCUGUCCUCAAUUCAAACCCUGAUAUAGUCAUGGUUGGUUUUCGUGUGCAUGUGGGUAAUACUUCAGCAAACCACAUUCCUUCUGAUAUUACUAUCUUCCAAAGGGUUGUUAAAUUAGAUGAGGGCAUGCGUUCUUGGUAUGAUAUACCAUUUACAGUGGCUGAAUCACUCCUUGCUGAUGAAGAAUUUACAAUCACUGUUGGACCAACCUUUAAUGGCUCUGCACUGCCUAGAAUAGACUCACUCGAAGUAUAUGGUCGAGCUAAAGAUGAAUUUGGUUGGAAAGAGAAAAUGGAUGCAGUUCUGGAUAUGGAAGCUCGUGUACUUGGUUCCAAUUCCUCACUUGCAGUAUCCGGGAAAAAGCGCCGGUCAAUGCAGUCUGCUUCUAUUCAGGAGCAGGUCAUAGCAGAUGGUCUUAAGCUUUUAUCUAGAUUUUAUUCAUUGUGUAGGUCGCAAGGAUGCUCAAAAGUUGAGGAAGUAAAACUGGAGCUGAGCAAACUCAAGUGCAAGCAGUUACUAGAAACAAUAUUUGAAAGUGACAGGGAACCCUUGUUGCAGGCUGCUGCUUGCCGUGUCUUGCAGGCUGUAUUCCCUAAAAAAGAGAUAUACUAUCAAGUUAAGGAUACCAUGCAUCUCCUUGGGGUGGUGAAAUCAGCCGUGGCACUUUCUUCAAGGCUUGCAGUUGGUAGUACUGCAGGAAGGUGGAUUAUUGAAGAAUUUACUGCCCAGAUGCGUGCAGUCUCUAAGAUUGCAUUGCAGCGUCGGUCUAAUUUGGCUACUUUUCUGGAGAUGAAUGGUUCUGAAGUCGUGGAUGGGCUUAUGCAAGUCUUAUGGGGAAUCUUGGAAUUAGAGCAGCCUGACACACAAACUAUGAACAAUAUUGUUAUAUCUUCUGUGGAACUCAUUUAUUGUUAUGCUGAAUGCCUUGCUUUACAUGGAAAGGAUACAGGACGAUCUGUGACACCUGCUGUUGUAUUACUCAAGAAACUUAUGUUUUUGCCCAAUGAGGCAGUUCAGACUUCCAGCAGCUUAGCCAUAUCUUCAAGGUUGCUUCAGGUUCCGUUUCCAAAGCAAACCAUGUUAGCUACAGAUGAUGCAGUGGAAAAUACAGUAUCUGCUCCUGUACCUUCUGACACAACUGGUGUAAAUACACAAGUCAUGAUUGAGGAAGAUUCCAUCACUUCAUCUGUUCAGUACUGUUGUGACGGUUGCACCACUGUUCCUAUACUUAGGCGAAGGUGGCAUUGUACCAUUUGUCCUGAUUUUGAUUUGUGUGAGGCAUGUUAUGAAGUAUUAGAUCGGCAUCCUCCACCACACUCUAGAGAUCAUCCUAUGACAGAAAUUCCAAUUGAAAUUGAUUCAAUAGGAGGAGAUGGCCAUGAAUUUCACUUCACACCAGAUGAUGCAAGUGAUACAAGCUUGUUGCCAGUUACUGCAGAAGGCAGUGGUCAGAAUUCUGCUCCAUCAAUCCAUGUCUUGGAGCCCAAUGAAUCUGGAGAGUUUUCUGCUUCAGUAACUGAUCCAGUUUCAAUUUCUGCUUCGAAACGAGCUGUAAAUUCUUUGCUUCUUUCUGAACUUCUUGAUCAGUUGAAAGGAUGGAUGGAGACUACCUCUGGGGUUCACGCAAUCCCUGUUAUGCAAUUCUUCUACAGACUAUCAUCUGCUGUGGGUGGACCUUUUAUUGACAGUUCAAAGCCCAAAAGCCUGGAUCUAGAGAAAUUGAUUAAAUGGUUUUUGGAUGAGAUUAAUCUCAACAAACCUUUUAAUGCCAAAUCCCGCUCUUCUUUUGGGGAAGUUGCAAUCCUUGUCUUCAUGUUCUUCACAUUGAUGCUCCGAAACUGGCACCAGCCUGGCAGUGAUGGUUCUAUUCCAAAACCAGCUGGAACUGUAGAAAAACACGACAAGAGUGUUAUCCAGAUUCCACCCUCUACUUCAGCUGCUGCUCAAUCUUCCCCGGAUGAUCAGGACAAAGAUGAUUUCAUGUCGCAGCUUCUUCGAGCCUGUGAUUCUCUUAGGCAACAAAGUUUUAUCAACUAUCUAAUGGACAUACUACAGCAGCUUGUGCAUGUUUUUAAAUCCCCUUCAGUUAAUUAUGAAAGUGCACAUGGUUUGGGCCCUGGUUCUGGAUGUGGGUCUCUACUGACAGUACGAAGGGAUCUACCAGCAGGUAAUUUCUCUCCUUUCUUUUCGGAUUCAUAUGCUAAAGCCCAUCGGACGGACAUCUUUAUGGACUACCAUAGACUACUGUUAGAGAAUGCUUUCCGACUGGUAUACACCUUGGUGCGGCCAGAAAAACAAGACAAGACUGGUGAGAAAGAGAAGGUUUACAAGACUUCAUAUGGUAAGGAUUUGAAGCUGGAUGGAUAUCAGGAUGUUCUCUGCAGUUACAUUAACAAUCCUCAUACAACUUUUGUAAGAAGAUAUGCAAGGAGGCUUUUCCUGCAUCUUUGUGGAAGCAAAACUCACUACUACAGUGUUAGAGACUCUUGGCAGUUCUCCACUGAAGUGAAGAAACUCUUAAAACACAGAGACAAAUCUGGUGGUUUUCAAAACCCUGUCUCAUAUGAGAGAAGUGUUAAGAUUGUGAAGUGCCUUUCUACUAUGGCUGAGGUAGCUGCUGCACGGCCUCGGAACUGGCAGAAAUACUGUUUGAGGCAUGGAGAUGUUUUACCCUUCCUGAUGAAUGGAAUAUUUUAUUUUGGAGAGGAGUCAGUUGUUCAGACAUUAAAACUUUUAAAUUUAGCCUUCUAUACAGGAAAGGAUAUUGGCCAUUGUUUACAGAAAACUGAAGCAGGGGAGACAGGAAUAAGUUCAAACAAAUCAGGUACUCAAUCUCUGGAUUCAAAGAAGAAAAAGAAAGGUGAAGAUGGAACUGAAUCUGGUUCAGAGAAGUCCUGUUUAGAUAUGGAGUCAGUGUUAGAUAUCUUCACCGACAAGGGUGGUGAUGUCUUGAGGCAGUUCAUAGAUAGUUUUCUACUGGAAUGGAAUUCAAGCUCCGUGCGUGCAGAGGCCAAGUGUGUUCUUUAUGGUGUCUGGCAUCAUGGGAAGCAGUCAUUCAAGGAAACUUUGUUAAUGGCUCUCCUGCAGAAAUUCAAAAUAUUGCCAAUGUAUGGUCAGAACAUUGUUGAAUAUGCAGAACUUGUCACAUGGUUGCUGGGGAAAGUCCCUGAUAUUGGCUCAAAGUCACAGAAUGCUGAACUUGUGGAUCGAUGCUUGACCCCUGAUGUUAUUAGAUGCAUUUUUGAGACACUUCAUUCACAAAACGAGCUAUUGGCUAAUCAUCCAAAUUCCCGCAUAUACAACACUUUAAGUGCUUUGGUGGAAUUUGAUGGGUACUAUCUUGAGAGUGAACCUUGUGUGGCCUGCAGCUCACCUGAAGUACCUUACAGCAGGAUGAAGCUAGAAAGUCUGAAAUCCGAAACAAAGUUUACUGACAACCGAAUCAUAGUGAAAUGCACAGGGAGUUAUACCAUUCAGACCGUGACAAUGAAUGUUCAUGAUGCUCGAAAGUCUAAAUCAGUGAAAGUUUUGAACUUGUACUACAAUAAUAGGCCUGUUGCUGACUUAUCGGAAUUGAAAAAUAAUUGGUCGCUGUGGAAGCGUGCAAAGAGUUGUCAUCUUGCUUUCAAUCAGAAUGAGCUAAAAGUAGAGUUCCCCAUUCCAAUCACUGCUUGCAACUUCAUGAUCGAGCUUGAUUCUUUCUAUGAAAAUCUACAGGCCUUAUCCCUUGAACCAUUGCAAUGCCCUCGUUGCAGUCGACCUGUCACUGAUAAGCAUGGGAUAUGUGGCAAUUGCCAUGAGAAUGCAUAUCAAUGUAGGCAAUGCCGCAAUAUCAACUAUGAGAAUCUGGAUUCUUUUCUAUGCAAUGAGUGUGGGUACAGCAAAUAUGGCCGUUUUGAGUUCAAUUUCAUGGCAAAGCCAAGUUUUACAUUUGAUAACAUGGAGAAUGAUGACGAUAUGAAGAGGGGUUUAGCAGCUAUAGAAUCUGAAUCAGAAAAUGCUCAUAGGAGAUAUCAGCAACUCCUGGGCUUCAAGAAACCCUUGCUUAAGAUUGUAUCAAGCAUUGGUGAGAAUGAGAUGGACUCACAACAGAAAGACUCUGUGCAGCAAAUGAUGGUCUCUCUGCCCGGGCCUUCAUUUAAGAUAAACCGUAAAAUUGCUCUUCUUGGUGUCCUGUAUGGUGAGAAGUGUAAAGCAGCUUUUGAUUCUGUUAGUAAAAGUGUUCAGACACUGCAAGGGUUACGUCGUGUUUUGAUGAGUUAUUUGCACCAGAAACAUUCUGAUAAUGGAGUUGCUGCUUCAAGAUUUGUGGUAUCUAGGUCUCCAAAUAAUUGCUAUGGCUGUGCAACUACAUUUGUGACACAGUGCCUUGAAGUAUUACAGGAGCUAUCAAAGCAUGCAAGUUCCAAGAAACAACUUGUUGCAUCUGGCGUUUUAUCUGAGUUGUUUGAAAAUAACAUUCAUCAAGGUCCUAAAACUGCCCGUGUUCAAGCAAGGGCAGUACUUUGUGCUUUCUCUGAGGGUGAUAUAAAAGCGGUGACUGAGUUGAACGGCCUUAUACAGAAGAAAGUCAUGUAUUGCCUUGAACAUCAUCGCUCGAUGGACAUUGCUCUGGCUACCCGUGAGGAGUUGUUAUUGCUUUCUGAAGUGUGUUCUCUGGCUGAUGAGUUCUGGGAAUCAAGAUUACGUAUUGUUUUUCAACUGUUAUUUUCUUCUAUUAAAUUGGGUGCCAAACAUCCUGCGAUAUCUGAGCAUGUAAUUCUUCCUUGUCUGAGGAUUAUAUCUCAGGCAUGUACUCCUCCAAAACCUGAUACUGCAGACAAAGAGCAAGCCAUUGGAAAAUCUGCCCCUGAUUUGCAGACAAAGGAUGAAAGUAACCCUAAUGUGUCUGGGUCUUUGAGUGGUGUUUUCAGUGGGAGCAAGUCUCAGCCAGAUUCACUGGAAAGGAACUGGGAUGCUUCCCAUAAGACUCAGGAUAUCCAAUUACUGAGCUAUUCUGAAUGGGAGAAGGGAGCAACUUAUCUUGAUUUUGUUAGAAGGCAAUACAAGGUGUCUCAGGCAGUCAAAGUUGCGGGCCAAAGGUCUCGGCCCCAAAAACAUGAUUAUCUGGCUCUUAAAUAUGCACUAAGGUGGAAGCGGCGUGCUUGUAAAAUGGCUAAGGGUGACUUAUCAGCAUUUGAACUUGGGUCAUGGGUUACAGAACUUGUUCUGAGUGCUUGCUCACAAUCAAUAAGGUCAGAAAUGUGCAUGUUGAUGAGCUUGCUCUGUGCCCAGAGUGCAUCAAGAAGAUAUCGGUUGUUGAACUUACUAGUGUCUCUGUUGCCGGCAACACUGUCUGCUGGGGAAAGUGCUGCUGAGUAUUUCGAGUUGCUCUUCAAGAUGAUAGAUUCAGAAGAUGCCCGCUUGUUUUUGACCGUGCGUGGAUGUCUACGUACAAUAUGUAAAUUAAUUACCCAAGAGGUGGGUAAUAUAGAGUCUCUGGAAAGGAGCCUGCAUAUUGACAUUUCACAGGGAUUUAUUCUUCACAAGCUUAUAGAGCUCCUUGGAAAAUUUUUAGAGGUUCCCAAUAUUAGAUCCAGAUUCAUGCAAGACAAUCUGCUCUCUGAAAUCCUUGAAGCACUUAUUGUCAUUCGUGGCUUGAUAGUGCAAAAAACAAAGUUGAUUAGUGACUGCAACCGACUUUUAAAAGAUCUUUUGGACAGCCUUUUGCUUGAAAGCAGCAAAAACAAACGACAGUUCAUUCGGGCCUGUAUAUGUGGUUUGCAAAAUCACAGGGAGGAGCAAAAAGGACGAACUUGUCUGUUUAUCUUAGAGCAGCUCUGCAAUCUGAUCUGCCCAUCCAAACAAGAGCCUGUGUAUCUGUUGGUUCUUAACAAGGCACACACGCAGGAAGAGUUCAUCAGGGGAUCAAUGACUAAGAAUCCUUAUUCCAGUGCUGAGAUUGGCCAAUUGAUGCGUGAUGUUAAGAAUAAAAUUUGCCAUCAGUUGGAUAUGUUGGGUCUUCUUGAAGAUGAUUAUGGCAUGGAGUUGCUAGUUGCUGGGAAUAUCAUCUCUCUUGAUUUGAGCAUUGCUCAAGUUUACGAGCUAGUAUGGAGAAAGUCAAGUCAAUCUUCAAGCACUUUGGCUAACACUACCUUGUUAUCUCCUAGCGCUGCUGCUUCAGCCAAAGACUGUCCACCUAUGACUGUGACUUACCGUCUUCAGGGAUUAGAUGGUGAAGCAACUGAACCUAUGAUUAAAGAAUUGGAGGAAGAUAGAGAAGAGACACAAGAUCCAGAGGUUGAGUUUGCCAUAGCAGCUGCAGUUCGUGAAUAUGGUGGCCUUGAAAUUAUUUUGGGCAUGAUCCAGCGUUUGCGAGAUGAUUUUAAGUCCAAUCAAGAGCAGUUGGUUGCGGUUCUUAAUCUCCUCAUGCAUUGUUGCAAAAUAAGAGAGAACAGGCGUGCUGCAUUGAGACUAGGAGCUUUAGGUCUACUUCUUGAAACAGCAAGGCGUGCCUUCUCUGUGGAGGCCAUGGAGCCAGCUGAAGGAAUUCUUUUGAUUGUUGAAAGUCUGACGUUGGAAGCAAACGAAACCGACAACAUUAGCAUUACACAGAGUGCUUUUACUGUCACUAGCGAAGAAACCGGCACUGGUGAACAGGCCAAGAAAAUAGUUCUCAUGUUCCUGGAAAGGCUGUCACAUCCUUUAGGCCAUAAAAAAUCAAACAAACAGCAGAGGAACACCGAGAUGGUUGCACGAAUCCUGCCCUACUUGACAUAUGGUGAACCUGCUGCAAUGGAUGCACUGGUCCAGCAUUUUAGCCCUUACUUGCAAGACUGGGGUGAAUUUGACCGGUUGCAGAAACAACACCAAGACAAUCCUAAAGAUGAGAACCUUGCUCAGCAAGCUGCCAAGCAGAGGUUUACCCUCGAAAAUUUUGUUAGAGUUUCAGAGUCGCUUAAGACAAGCUCCUGUGGAGAGAGACUAAAGGACAUUAUCCUAGAAAAGGGUAUUACUGGUUUUGCAAUCAGACAUCUGACCAAUAGUUUUGCAGUUGCGGGGCAGGCCAGCUUUAGAUCCAGCGCAGAAUGGGCAAUGGGUUUAAAACUGCCUUCUGUACCACUUAUAUUGUCUAUGCUGAGGGGCUUGUCAAUGGGGCAUUUGGCCACCCAAAGGUGUAUUGAUGAGGGUGGAAUCUUACCACUGCUUCAUGCUCUGGAAGGAGUCUCUGGAGAAAAUGAAAUUGGGGCAAGGGCUGAGAACUUGUUAGACACACUAUCUAAUAAGGAAGGAAAAGGAGAUGGGUUUUUGGAGGAGAAGGUGUGUAGGUUGCGGAAUGCAACGAGGGAUGAAAUGAGGCGUCGAGCUUUGAGGAAGAGAGAGGAGUUGCUUCAGGGGCUUGGAAUGCGACAGGAACUAGCUUCAGAUGGCGGUGAGCGAAUUGUUGUUGCUCGGCCAGUCCUUGAAGGUCUGGAAGACAUGGAGGAGGAGGAAGAUGGGUUGGCAUGCAUGGUUUGCCGAGAGGGUUACAGUUUGAGGCCUACUGACUUGCUGGGUGUUUACUCAUACAGCAAGCGGGUGAACCUAGGUGUUGGCCCUUCAGGAAGUGCACGUGGGGAGUAUGUUUACACGACUGUGAGUUACUUCAAUAUCAUUCAUUUCCAAUGUCAUCAGGAAGCCAAAAGAGCAGAUGCUGCUCUGAAGAAUCCUAAGAAAGAGUGGGAAGGUGCAGCCCUUAGGAAUAAUGAAUCCCUUUGUAAUUCCUUAUUCCCUGUGAGAGGUCCUUCUGUUCCUCUACCACAGUAUAUUCGCUUUGUUGACCAGUUCUGGGACAACCUCAAUAAUCUUGGACGUGCUGAUGGAAGCAGGAUCCGGCUGUUGACAUAUGACAUUGUUUUGAUGCUAGCUCGAUUUGCAACUGGGGCAUCAUUCAGUGCAGAAUGCAGAGGUGGAGGAAGCGAGAGCAACUCCAGAUUUCUUCCUUUCAUGAUCCAAAUGGCUCGUCACCUUCUUGAUCAUGGAAUCCCCACUCAGCGUCAUAGCAUGGCCAAAGCUGUCUCAGCAUAUUUAACCUCUUCCUCCACGGAUUCCCGGCCCUCCACUCCAUCUGGAACACAACCUUCUGUGGGGACUGAAGAAACUGUCCAAUUUAUGAUGGUGAAUUCACUCCUGUCGGAGUCUUAUGAAUCCUGGUUGCAGCACCGCUGUGCCUUCUUGCAGCGUGGAAUAUAUCAUGCAUACAUGCAGCACACUCAUGGCCGGUCAACUCGUGGAUCAUCCAGUUCAACAGCCAUGGUCAAAACGGAUCCCGGAAGCCCUAGCAGAAGCCCUAGCACUGAAUCAGAUGGUCCUGAUGAUCUAUUAUCCAUCAUUCGACCAAUGCUUGUCUAUACUGGUUUGAUUGAGCAGCUGCAGCGUUUCUUCAAAGUUCAAAAAUCAGCAAAUGGAGCGCCUGUUAGAGCAGAAGGAACUUCUGUAGCCUCGGAAGGGGAAGAUGAGAGUGGAAGCUUGGAAGGGUGGGAGGUGGUGAUGAAAGAGAAACUAGUGAAUGUGAAGGAGAUGGUAGGUUUUUCAAAGGAGUUGCUCGCAUGGCUCGAUGAUAUGAAUUCUGCAAGUGAUUUGCAGGAGGCCUUUGACAUCAUCGGUGUUCUAGCUGAUGUGCUAUCCGGUGAGGUUAAGCAGUGCGAUGACUUCGUCCAUUCUGCAAUUAAUGCGGGGAAAAGCUAAAGAUCAUACAAAAAUCAGGGGCAUUUUAUGUGUUUUCAUGCAAAAUACUGUUACCAAAACUUACCCAUUUUGAUACAACACUUACAUGUCUGUUCUAUCUAUCCCCAUGAGUGAAGGGGUGAGACUUUAAAAAAUCAUGUCUAGUUUGAGUC